AAGGGGGCGGAGCAGACAUCGUGCCAUAUCACCGUCAACCUCCACACAAUGAACACCCUGGUCGCCGUCGUUGUCGCCUUCGUGGCUGUGGCCGCCGUAGCCCAGGCCCGGCCCCAGGAGCCAACUCCCAAGCCCAUUGCUAUCCUCAAGCUCGCCAGCGACGUGCAGCCCGACGGAUCCUUCACAUACGAGUACGAGACCGAGAACGGCAUCAAGGCUGACGCUCGUGGCAACCUGGUCAACGCCGGCACGGAGAACGAGGCCCUGAACCAGCAGGGCUCCUUCUCCUUCGUCGCCGACGACGGCCAGACCUACUCCAUCACCUGGGUCGCUGACGAGAACGGCUUCCAGCCCCAGGGCGCCCACAUCCCCGUGCCACCCCCAAUCCCAGAAGAGAUCCUCAAGGCCCUUGAGUACAACGCAGCCCACCCCGAGGAGGACGAGGAGGCUACCAAGAGGAGAAACUGAAAAGACUGACCACUGACCUUGCGCUCAAACUGUUAUGUAAUCGGCUAAAUAAACUGUGAUCAAACCAA